AGCUUUUGCAUGAGAGAGGAAUGACAACAAAUUCUGGAAGCUUGUUUGAGGCAGAGGAGAUAUCAGAUGGAGAGUGUGUUACUACUACUAAAACACAAAAAGUGCAGCAGAAUGUGAGAGGUGCACGGAUUUUGAGCAAGGAAGAGGAGAAUAAGAGAGAUAGCUACUUGUUCUGCUGUCAGAAUUUCUACACUCUUCCUGAGAUGAUCAAAUACAUGAAGGAGAAUCAUGGUAUAGGAGAAACCACUGUGAAAAAUGUUUUCAGAGAACUGUUGAAAGGUAGAAAAGCUGAAGCAUAUCUCCGAGAAUCUCAAAAAAGAAUGAAGAUAAGAACUAAAGAACAACAACAACUACUGAGGUGAAAAAAUCUUAUCUUUUGGGCUUAUGAUCUGUGAGAGAGUGUUCAGAUAUUUUUCUUUGUUUCAGUUUGUUUGUGAUUCGGAUUUUGUUGGUUUAGGAGCUAUUAUUCUUGGAUUAGUAACUUUUGGUUUCUGUUAAGAGUCUCAACUGAUUCAGAUUCUUUCGAAAAUAAGAAAACAUUUAUAUUUUCAGCAAAAAGAAAAGAAAAAAAAGUGACAGAAUUACACAGCUA